AAAAAGUUAGGCAAGCUACAGAAAAAAAAAAAAAAAACUCAGAAACGCGAGUGAAAAUGGAAUUCUAGCGUUUUCUCUAGUCGCCUCUCCAUCUUCUUCUUCUUCUUCUGACCCUUAGAACCUGCAUCACCAUCACAACUCUCAGCAAAACAUUACUUCCUAGAGAUAUUUGAAUGGAGUGCAACCGAGACGAGGCCUUAAGGGCCAAAGAAAUCGCAGAGAACAAGUUCAAAAUGAAAGACUUGGCCGGAGCCAAGAAAUUCGCCGUGAAAGCACAAACUCUCUUUCCAGAGAUGGAAGGUGUUUCUCAGAUGUUAGCUACUUUCAACGUCUUCAUCGCUGCUGAAACCAAACUAAACGGGGAAGCAGACUGGUACGGGAUACUCGACGCCAACCCCCGAGAUGAUAACGAGACGUUGAAGAAAAAGUACAGGAAGCUCGCUCUGAUGCUUCACCCCGAUAAAAACAGUUCUGUUGGAGCCGAUGGAGCUUUCAAGCAUGUCUCUGAAGCUUGGAAGUUCUUGUCUGAUAAGGACAAGAGAGCAGCUUAUGAUCGUAAGAAGAGUUUGUACACAAUGUAUCACAAGGUUUCAGUCUCUUCUUCUAAUAGCGGCUUCUGCAAUUUCCCCAACACUAGUUUUGGUUCAAAUGUUAGGCCGCCGCCCGCUCCGAAAAGCAAUCCGGUGCCAACUCAGAAGAAGAACAAUCCGCCGCCUACACAGAAGAGUAAGCCAGUUGGUAAUGCAGGACGGAGUGAUCAUCAUACAACAGCACCGAGCUCAUUUACUCCAGCUGAGUCAGAUACUUUCUGGACAGUGUGUAGGAGAUGCAUGACGCAGUACGAGUAUAUUAGAACAUGUGUCAACUGUAACGUUCUGUGUCCUAACUGUCUACAGUCGUUUUCAGCAGUACAGGUCCCUAAACCGGGUAUGUUAAGCCAUUGGAGUCGUCUCAACAGUGCAAAGCGAAACCUGGAUCCAAAGUCAGCUGAUUCUACUUCAAGUGUAUUCAGCAACUCUAAGUGGGCAUUCUCAAGAACCAGCAGUGCAGCUUUUGCUGCAAGUAUGGUUCAACAGGUUUAUGAGAAGGUAAAGAAAGAACGUGAGGAGGCAACAGCAACUGAAAAAAGAGAAAAGAAGAAUGCUAAAAGGAAGUGCACUACUACUGAUUCGUCUGGUACUUGUCUUAAAAAGAGGAAGGUAAUUGGAGAAACCGAGACAGGUUGCUCUGGUGCAAGAAAGGUCGUUUACCAUGUGACUGGUGGUGAGACCGGAAGGAACAUGAGAAAGUUACAUGGAACGAAAGAGAGAGCGUCUCCCAGACUCAAGAAAAAGAUUAGCAAGGAGAGGCUGUAACAAGGGAGGUGACGCCGCCUUUGUGUCGUUCAGAAUCAGUUGAGGUAGUUUUUUGAGUUAUCAAGGCAUAUAACUGUGUGAUUGCUUCAGGCCAUCACUCGUAGGAUAAUAUAUAUAUAUAUAUAUUUUGUAAUGCGGGUCAUUCGGUAAUCUCUUGGUUCUAACAUUGUAGAGAACAAGAUGGGUCUUCUUUUUGGGUAGAUGAUUGCAAACUACUUAUAACAUUUUUAAGACAGACUCAAUGUUGUGUCAAGCUGUGUUUGUAGCGAACAAUCAUCACUUGUUCUUAUAUUCUUUCUCAUCGUCCGGAAAUGGUGUUUUGGA